CAAAUAGCCCGUGCAUGGCAUGGUUGUCAGGAUAGCCAUCGAGUCAGCUACAGAUCCCGGGUGGACAAUUUUUAUCAGCCUGUAACAGAAGUCAAACCGUCAGAGGAAGGACUAACUCCAUAUUUAGUGACCGUCUGAGCCGCUGUCGUCGCUGCGGGAGAGCAGAUUUUCACAUUUGUCAUUGCUCGGUUAGCGCACUAGUUUAAACGUUGCUCUUUGAAAAUGGCGGAUCUACCACCGGAGAAGAGCCUGGACGAUUUCUUUGCCAAGCGGGAUAAAAAGAAGAAGAAAGAGAAAGGAAAGGGCAAGGACUCCGCCGCCGGGUCCACGUCGGCUGUGGUCAAAAAGACGAAAAGAGAGAAAGAAAAAUCGGCGAAAAACGAGAAUCAGGACGCUCAGAUUGAAAAGGAGGACGAGGAAUGGAAAGAGUUUGAGCAGAAAGAAGUGGAUUACAGCGGGCUGCGGCUCCAAGCUUUACAGAUAAGUGACGAGAAAGAGGAAGAGGAGUACGAGAAAGAGGAGGUUGGGGAGGAUGGAGAAAUCAUUCUGGUUAGCGGAGACAAAGUGUCUGGUCCUUGGAACAAGUCUGGUGCCGCCCCGGCUCCUGCUGCACCCGUGGAGGAGGCAGAGGAGCCUGAGUCGAAGCCUUCUGGUGUAUAUCGCCCUCCAGGAGCUCGGCUGUCCACCACCAGACGAGCUCCCACCCAGGGGCCUCCUGAGAUCUUCAGCGACACACAGUUCCCCUCUCUACUGUCCACCGCCAAGCAUAUGGAGACACGCAAGGACAGGGAAAUGGAGAAGACCUUCGAAGUUGUGAAACACAGAAACCGCGGUAGAGAGGAGACCGGUGGCGCCACUAUGCAGCACUUGCAGCUCGACAACCAGUACGCCAUCCUGGGGGAUAAGUAAAAAGGCUCCCCUCCGUCCCCUGGCCCCUUCAGCACGGUCCUGCCCAGCCCCUCGAAGGAAGCUGAACUCCAGCUGUGUCGACUGCAGUCCUGACAGAGCUCAUCAUGCCAACACCACCACACACACACACACACACACACACACACCCUUUAAACAAAUAGCAGCACACUUCACACAACAUUGGUUGGCAAAACUGAAGGACUGCAUCUGAAGGGGCUGUUGAAAGAGGGAAUAAUUGAAAAGGAAUUGGCAAAAAUACACCCAAACGUACAACACUGCAGCAGCAGCGACAGCAGACAGAUCUGUCCUUUGUGGAUUGUACUCAGAGCAGCAGUUGUGUGGCGCAACCUUUCUCUGGACUUCAACUUGCUUCGAUAAAGCCACAGAGGAUAACUUUAGGCGAGAUGAUUUUACAAACUUCUGUGAAAAUAUCUAUUUUUUUGCAAGAUCGUUAUAACCCAAUCGCACAUGGUAUUUUGGGGUGUGUCUUUGAGUUGCGGUGGGGGCUUCGGGCGUGGGGAUACUACCUCGGCAGCAUAGCUGGUGGUGACAACGUGGACUGUUUUUUGUUUUUUUUUUGUUUUUUUUUUCUCUCGCUGUGGUGGUGAACGGGGCAAACAUCAGCCCCUGCCCCCUCGCAUACAAGCCGGCCAUCAGGCUCUUUAAUUUAGAAACUUGAAGCUUUUGUUUUGUUCCCUUCAUGAUGACGACACUCUGCAAAGAUCUAUGGACAAGACGCGAUAAGUUGUGGUCCUCAUUUAGAAUUUCUAUAUAAAGUGGCCUUACUGAUAGAGAGAGAAACUGCUUUGUCAUCUGAAGAGAACUGUGCUUCUUGUCUCCAGGCUGCUGCCUGCCUCUGGAUCUCACCACUCUGUGACAAAACAAAAACAUACAAAUGAAAAAAAUCCUUCUGUUCAAGAAUGUAGUGCUGCUGUAGUUUGCCUGAUGAUUACAGCUACUAACUUUCAUAUCCACUGUUUGAUUUUGCUGCCCCUGCUUCAUUCUCGGUCUUUUUAGACGUCGGAAAAAGAUAAAUUAAAGCUCGUUUCUAAUCUGAAACUAUUGUUUUGGUAACAAAUGCUUUACUGUGGUUGGACACCAGACGCUCACAAGAAAAAAAGACAGAAAACCACUUUAAAAGGACAUUUGUUGAAGUUGUUUGGCCAUUUAUAAUUUGUUGUGAAGUGGCUCCUUUCAACCCCAGUUUUAAGACUUUUUUUUUUAUCAAGGCUUUUUUCUCAAAGGUAAACGUGUCAGCCCUCAUCGCAGUUGUGUAGAACCAGUAGCUUGUGCAUAAAUUUCCAGAAUUACAGCAACUACUCGUCUGUCAGAAAAAACCAACAGAGUACGACCCACUUACAAAUUAAGUGGCAUGCCCAGUUAAAAUCAAAAGGGUUUUUAUUACAAGCAUAGUUUAUGUUUAGAAAGGUGAAGAACUGGAUUUAUGUUCUAUGUUUCUGUCCUCUCCGUAAAAAGAUGUCGGGGAGCGUUGAUCCCCGCUGGAACACUUUGGGUGGACGUAGAUAAUAUUUGUGAUGAAAAGAAAAGAGCCUAACACAAAAAAAUAAAGUGAUCCUUGUGA